CACAUCUUUGUGAGAUGUUUAUGUGCUGGUCUCUGUCCAACUUGGCAUUCUUUGCAUAUCUGGGAAAGCCAUCGCUGAGGAAUCAACGUGUCUGCACACAAAUAGAACGCCUGCAUGCAGGCAUGGCCAUCAUUCUGACUGCAGGUUGCAUUUUAAGGCUGGGUGACCAGUUCUACAAGGACGCCAUCGAGCACUGCCGCAGCUACAACGCCCGCCUGUGCGCCGAGCGCAGCGUGCGUAUGCCCUUCCUGGACUCGCAAACCGGCGUGGCCCAAAACAACUGCUACAUCUGGAUGGAAAAGUGCCAGCGGCAGCCGGGCCAGGCGGCGGGACAGAUGUAUGCCUACCCCGCACGUUGCUGGAGAAAGAAGAGGAGACUCCACCCACCCCUCGAUCCACAGCUCCGCCUGUGCGAGCUCAGGCUAGAGGCAGAGCUGGCCCCCAAGCGUGAGGGUCCCCCUGGGGAGGCCACCGCCUUGGAGGCUCUGCUGAGGGGGGACAACGUCCUGGAGAAAAAAAAUAACCUGUGCAAGGAGGAGGAGACCCUGCUGGAGAUACAGAGGGUUCUCGAGGCCGAGGAAAACGGCGACGGCUUUCAGGAUGACGAAGACUUUGAAGUGGACACUCCUAAGAGGAAGAACAGAAACAGGGGGAAAAACAGAGGGUCCAGUCGUAAGAAGGCAGAAGCUGCGAGCGUGGACGACCAGGACAAACCUUACGUUUGCGACAAUAGACACAAACAAAAGCAUAACUCAAAACAGGCUGAAGAAGUCUGUGGGAAGCGCUACAAGAACCGUCCUGGCCUGAGCUACCACUACACACACACACACCUGGCCGAGGAGGAGGGUGAGGAGGAGAAGGAAAGUGAUCCGGCCCCGUCUCCACCGCCACGCACCUCCGAGAACCACAAACCUCAGAAGGGUCCAGACGGUGUCAUCAUUCCCAACGACUACUGCGACUUCUGCCUUGGAGACCAGGACUCCAACAGGAAAACGGGCCGAGCCGAGGAGCUGGUGUCCUGCUCCGACUGCGGACGCUCGGGUCACCCAACAUGUCUGCAGUUCACGGACAACAUGAUGCACGCCGUGAGGACGUACCAGUGGCAGUGCAUCGAGUGCAAGUCAUGCAGCCUCUGCGGCACCUCGGAGAAUGACGACCAGCUGCUGUUCUGCGACGACUGCGACAGAGGCUACCACAUGUACUGCCUGAAGCCGCCCAUGACGCAGCCGCCUGAUGGAAGCUGGAGUUGUCACGUGUGUCUGGACUUGCUGAAGGACAAGGCGUCGUCCUGUGGAGAAGCAUAACCCCCCCCGGGAUACAUUGCGGCCGUCUGCACCCGUGCAUUCCUGCCAGUUACCAUAAAUGCUCUAAUUAGAGCUGGGACGUUUAUAUUAUAUUGAAAACAAGUUCUUUUUUUGUUACCUUGAUCAUGAUUUGGAGUGCAUGAGAAAGCGGAAAGGGAGAACGUCGCACACUUUGACCACAUGGUCAUUUAUGAAGUCGAUUCCACGACGCGGCAGCAGCAACACAACCAAUGUUGUAAUAGCGGUAAGGAGCAACGUUUUCAAGUGCAUGCAGAGCUCAGAGAUACUUCAAAUGCAGCAAUGUUGUGGAGGUAUUUAAAAAAAAAAAAAAGAAAAAACCACCACAGGACCUGGCGACCACAGUAGGAAAUUGAAUGGAGGUGUUAAUUGGAGCAUUUAGGGUAUGUUUGCACAUGUGGUGUCCACAUACAUUAGACGCCAUGGAGGGUUUUUCGGGGGGGGCCGUGUUCUGCCCGCAACACUGCCGCCAUCAUUCUACCUCACCACUCGGAGCAAGCGUCAAAAAUCUUUGCAUUUAGGAGAAAUCGUAAGUGCGGUGCAUACGCAAGGUCAACACCACCUUGAUAAGUUGCAAGUCCCCCGUCGUGCAAAUGUGACAUUUUCACACAGAUCUAAGAGUGCGUCGCUAGAUCGAUCAUCCCCUUUUUUAUGACGUCAUUAAGGCUUCGCUACACAUCUUAAAAACAAAUCCCGGAGCUCAGCUACACACGUGGAAGCUGCAAGGCUGUGUUGGCUUUCUCUAUUCCGUUAAUCCACCGUGUUAGCGCUCAUGCCGUGUGUGCGUGUUUUGAAACUGCUACCACUCCACUGACGCACUCCAGAGUUAGUUGCGACAUUUCGCACAGCUUUUGUGGGCAAAAUGAAACAUCUUUUCCCUUCCUUCCUCCUUCAGACUGUUGAUGUGCGAUCACACGUCUGCUUUGUGUGUCCUUGCAGUUCCACGUCACCGAUGCCCAGCUAUGACGUUCACUUGCAGACAAUCGUAGGGGUUUUGUGUGUGUUUUAUAUCUCCGUGUCAUCUGAUGACAGCAGCGUGUCCUAUUUUUGUUACGUAACUUGUUUGUUGGUUUUGCUGUAAUAAAGAUUUUUGCAAAAAAAAAAAACAACGUAUCAAAUUUAAUUUGCCAUACAAAUACACAGUAGUGACAUAUGAAAAUAUAGAAAAUAUACGCUUAGGACAUGUACCACACCAGUGCUUAUACAACUUUAUACACCACCUACCGCCUCAACAAUAUUUUUCUUUGCACGUACCAUCGUUUUUGCCUCCGUUACUUACCGUCACGGCUUAGCAAAAUUUGUGUCCAAUCCGAAUUAAUAAAAAGUUCACCACGAAUGCCAAAGAUUGUCCGAGAAGUGUUUCUUGUGCGUGGCAAUAUGGCGGCCACGUGGCGUCACAAGUCAUUGACCAAUGGGCUAUCCAGAUUUUUUUCGUACAGAUCAGUGAGUUCAUACGUCGCACCCGCCCGUGCAAGCCGCUGAAGCCACAGAGAGGCCAUCUUACCACUCACAUCUCGUACGUCGCAGACUACGUUGGCACAGCGUACAUAGUGUACAAAGCAGAUGAAGAGGCUUGCAGAACAUCUAUUUUAAAAUAAAAAGCAUUAAAGCCCCAUCAGCCCCAUUGGCAGAAAUGAGCUUCUCCUCCUCCAAAGUUGUGACAACUUCCUUCAGAUGUGUGACUCGUCUUUUUAACCGAAGCGACUUUUGCUGCAACACCUUCACUUUCUUCUGCAGGCUAUCAAUUUGGACGAAGGCUUCAUCAAGUCUCCUUUUGACUGUUCUUGGACUUUGCAGUGUAGCAUAGCAGUGAUCAUCAAGGAUGGCAGAUGAACUUGGUGAAUCUUGGGGGGCUGUGUUGUUUGCUUCCUCCUCCUCAUCCAAACUUGGUUGAGCAUAGUUUCUUUCCUUUGGAGGUUUUCUGCAGGGUUUCGGUAUCUAGAAAACAAAAGCUAAGGGGUGGAAAUUUUGCCACUUUCAUACAUUUCACAGGACAUGGAUCAUAAUUGCUACAGUGGGUCGUAAAUUUAUUACCUUUUUUUCUUUCUCUCAUGAUAUAUUUUUAAAUGAAUCAUUUUCCUU